AAGCAGGCCAUAAAUGUGCGUGUUCAUAUGAGUCAAAGCCGUCUUGUCAUGCUUACCUAAACACAACUGCCCAUUUGAUUCCGGAUAAACCAAAGCAAACCCAAAAAUGGAGAAGACCAAGAUCGGAAAGAGAUUCGUCGGCAAAGUAGUUAUCGUCACUGCUUCCACUCAGGGCAUCGGCUUCGCAAUCGCCGAGCGUCUUGGCCUCGAAGGCGCCUCCGUCGUCAUCUCCUCUCGAAAACAAAACAACGUAGAUGAAGCAGUUGAAAAGCUUAGAGCGCAAGGAAUUGAAGCUUUGGGGAUAGUCUGCCAUGUGUCCAAUGAACAACAGAGGAAGAAUCUGAUAGGCAAGACUGUGCAGAAAUAUGGGAAGAUAGAUGUUGUAGUAUCAAAUGCUGCUGCCAAUCCAUCAGUUGAGGCAAUAUUGCACACCCAAGAGUCUGUGCUUGACAAGCUAUGGGAAGUAAAUGUCAAAGCUUCUAUACUUCUUCUAAAGGAGGCGGCUCCUCACUUGAAGAAAGGUUCUUCUGUUAUUCUCAUAUCCUCAAUUGCUGGCUUCCAGCCACCAGCGUCCAUGGCAAUGUAUGGAGUCACUAAAACUGCCCUCCUUGGGUUAACUAAGGCCCUUGCGGAUGAAAUGGCCCCAGAAACUCGUGUAAAUUGUAUUGCUCCUGGUUUUGUGCCUACAAACUUUGCUUCAUACAUCACAACUAAUGCUGCCGUGAGGAAGGAGCUUGAGGAGAAGACGCUACUUAAAAAGCUUGGUAAAACUGAAGACAUGGCUGCCGCUGCUGCAUUUUUGGCAUCUGAUGAUGCUUCUUACAUUACUGGAGAAACUCUAGUGGUGGCUGGAGGGAUGCCAUCAAGGCUCUAGUAGACUAUGGCUCUUUAUCUAUGUUUUUGAAGUUACAUAAACAGACUUUGUCAGUGUUGAACCUUGUGGAAACAUCAAUAAUAUUCACCAUCAACAACCACACAUUAAUCAAAAUAUAGCAGGUUUUCAGUUGU